AUGGAAGCCCUUAUAUGGGCUAUGCAUUGUAUGUUGGAGAAUCAAAAGAUGGAAGUCGCUUUUGCUAUGGACUAUUCAGAGUUGGUGAAGAUGGUGUCUACACCCGAAGACUGGCCGGCUUUUGCUCUACACUUGGAGGAGAUAAUGAAGAUGAAAGACAGAUUCCGCUUCUUUCGUAUAUCCCAUAUCCCACGCGCAAAGAACUCGAAGGCGGAUAACCUAGCAAGGAGUGCUCGGAUCUACCCUCAAAAUGUUAUCAUGCAAGAUAUCAACUAUUAUCUAUUCAAAAUAGUGAUGUUAGGAGAUUCUGGUGUGGGAAAAUCAAACAUUUCGACUCAGUAUUUACAAAAUGUGUUCAAUGUUGAGUCAAAGUCGACAGUUGGUGAAUUCGGGUGGCGAUACGUUCAUGUCAAUGAGAAGAUGAUCAAAAUUCAACUUUGGGAUAUCAGUGGUGACGAAAAAUAUAGAAGUCUCAUCGACACUUACUGUAGUAGAGCCAUGGGGGCUCUAAUAGUGUACGAUAUUACGAAUCGCACAACGUUCGAAAACGUAGAAUGGUGGCUAAAGGAGUUUCGUCGUAGCUACAUUGAUCCCAACAACGUUGUAAUCAUGCUCGUUGGUAACAAGACUGAUAUUGCCGAUCGCCGACAAGUCUCAACGGAGGAGGCAAAGUCGUUCGCUGAAAGAGAGAAUCUUUUGUUCAUGGAGACAUCUGCUCUUUGUGCCACCAACGUUGAAGAAGGUUUUACGAAUGUCUUGACUCAGAUCUACCAUAAUGUCACUAGCCCAUGA